AAAGAAGAUGGCGGCAAUUGUACAAAGAGGACCCAGGCAGAGGUCUCAAAAGUAUCUCGACCCCGCCAAGAUAAUUCUCACAAGAGUAAAGAAAACCUGCCUGCCUCACUCAUCCCUUCCCCAAUGGAAUCGUCAGUAGACUAGUGAGUUUUUGUCCUUAAAGUUUGGCUGAAGAAGCCUUUUCAGACCUGUGACUUGACUUUACCAUAUUUUUCCAGAUGCUAAAUAGGUAAAAGAAGUUAUUUUAUUGGAAGAAUGAGCAAGUUUCCACGUGCGAUGGUUUCGUUCUUCAGACAAAUGGAAAACGUGGGCCUUGCGAACUUUGUUUUGCGAAUAGAAAGUUUGCUUGGAAAAAACAUGGGCUUUUCCCUUCCAUCUCUAGCACAAAUCCUCUCUUUUGCAUGGUCUGCCUUAACUACCUUUUGAUAUUUCCUUCUGCACCAGCACUAACCAUGGUUAAGGCUAAGCCGGUUGCUGCUUUAAUCUAGAAUUGCUAGGCCAUUUCAAGCUUUGCUUUCAAAUCCUGACCACAAUUUAAACCUCAGUUCAUUUGGGCUUUCAAAGUGUUUCUUUGUAUUGGGGGACCAAUGGGUAAAACCAUUUAUUUUCAGCAAAUCUGCCUGUUCGUUGUGUUGAUGCUGAUUCACCUUUCAAUCACCAUGGUAAGUGUUCUGGUGCCUGCAGAAAAUAAGUAACUGCAGGAUGAAGACGCCAACCUGAAAUUCUGAUUUGAUCCUUUGUUUGGGAGAUAAGACGUUCUCAUUACCCAGCCUCUCUUUCUAGGCCAAAUCUUACAAGUCUAUGUAUAAAACCUCUCAAAUGUUCCUAGUAAAAGAUAAAGCAGUAUAUUAAAAUGUAAAACAACUAAAAGGGGGCUUAAGUAUUUUCAGUUGUUUGGUGGCCAAUAUUACUGCAGAGGUUAGAAUUCUGAUGUAACGAAAACUUCUGCCCAUGUAGAAUCCAGUCGGGCAUUUCCGGCGGGAAAGUAAAUGGCGUUUCUGUGUACUGCUCUGGUUUUGCCAGAAGCGGCUUAGUCAUGCUGGCCACAUGACCCGGAAAAACUGUCUGCGGACAAACGUCGGCUCCCUCGGCCAGUAAAGCGAGAUGAGCACCGCAACCCCAGAGUCGUUCACGACUGGACUUAACUCUCAGGGGUCCUUUACCUUUAUGUGAAUAGCAAACAGAGUAACCAUUUGAGCAAAAGCAGUUCAAGCUAAGCUAAAUGUUGCCCAGUCACAAAAACAAUAGCAAAUUUCCUCAUACCUCCAAAUGGAUUGUUAAUACCCCUCACUGAUGAAAUGUACAAAAAUUAAGCUUCACCCCCCUAAAAUGGCACAACCUAGUACCCCAGGCUUGCCAUCUUGCCAGGCAGAACAAUUGGCACCUUUUUAGAGCAAUGUUGUACCCAUUUCGCUUCCAGAGUGUGGAAAGACCAUGGGGUCGAGCCCUAUGUGCAGGAAGCUGACGAAAAGCAAGCUUGUGUAAGUUAAAGCCAGCAUAAAGUUACACAACUUUAGCUACAUUCAGCAGUGGAGCAGCGAAGCUGCUGCUUGUCUGCCUACGUCUGGCAGAGGGGGAAACAAGCCUUUAAAAUACAGUGGUACCUUGCUUCUCAAACUUAAUCCAUUCCAGAUGUCCGCUCCAAAACCAAAGUGUUCCAAAAACCAAGGUGCGCUUUCCCAUAGAGAGUAAUGCAAAAUGGAUUAAUCCGUUCCAGACUUUUGAAAAUAAACCCUAAAACAGCAAUUUAACAUGUAUUUUACUAUCUAACGAGACCAUUGAUCCAUAAAAGGAAAGCAAUAAACAGUGUACUGCAGUCACACAAUCAAUCAGUAGCUGAACUGGGUUCCACAUAGUCACAAAACAAAACAAAAAAGCCACAAAAACACAAAAUAAAUAGCAAAAGCAGACAGACCUGAGAGUAACAGUCAAAAUGGAAGUGUGGCACCCAAAUCGGAAGCGUAACAUUCAAAACAGACCACAUUCAGCUUUCGAAAAAAGUUCGCAAACCAGAACAUUUACUUCUGGCUUUGCAGUGUUUGGGUUCCAAGUUGUUUGAAUACUAAGGCGUUUGAGAACCAAGAUACCACUGUACUGCGUUGCUGGCUUAAUUUAUGCUAGGUGGCCAGGACAUAUGACUGAGUUUGAACAGGUUUGGGAUCCUUCUCUCUUAAGAUCCACUGAGCUUGGCUCAGCAAGGAUGGGGGAGAUGCUGUGGAGUUAUAGCUGAGCCGAGGAUGGGAAAUGGGAGAUCUGCUGGAUCCUAACCCCACUCAUCCCAACGGAUCUAGCUCCCAUGGAAAUUGCUCCCGUACUUGGCAGUGUGUCCAGAGUAGGUAAGCAAACUUCUGACAAAAGCAUACAGUGUUUCCAACCGCCUGGCAGCAAAAGCCUUCUUUCGUUGAAAGGAGAGGUGUCGUUUUAGAGGCUGAGGCUGUUCGACAACUAAGCCAAAUACCAGGACCUAAAAGCUACCUUUGUUUUUCAAGUCUCUGUCCGUCACGGAUUGCUGUCUUCUCCUGCCCAGUAGGAUGACUUAGCAUGCAUUUUGAUGGCGAUGAUGUACCUGCUGUUCCAGCUUCCUUGUAGCUGGUUCGCCCGGCCACAGUUUUUCCAUCACCAACAAAAUGCAUUCUAAAUCUGGGAGGCAACAAUCUGUUACUCUUAGAGAUCUUAAGAGUCCAGAGGGGGAAAAGCGAGGAGGACAUGUACCGUGAUGCGGAAGAAAUAGAGAGAGAAAAAGUAUUGCUUGUGUGUGGGACAGGCUCCUCAGAUUUUCCAGAAAACAAGCUAAGUGUCGAACCAGAGGUUGGCAUCAUGGAUUACUGUCAAAAAGAAUGGAGAGGAAACACUUCGCAGGCCAAAUGUAUAAGGAAGGGCUACGAAGCAGUUUCACAGAAAUUUAUUUCGAUAAGGAGAGUGCGAGGGGAUAACUAUUGCGCCGUCAGAGCGACGCUGUUUCAAGCCCUUAGCCAAGCUGUUCAGCUUCCUGACUGGCUCAAGAGAGAGGACAUGUCGUCGCUCCCAGAGAAACUGAUGGAGAAAUAUGGCUGGAUCACGCAAUGGCAGCUCAGGCAAAAAUGGACCAGCAAAGUUGAAAACUUGGUGGAUGAAAUUAAAGACUGUUUAAUGCUACUAAAAAACAAGUGGAAACGUAUGAGUGAAAUGAAGGGCCUCGCCGAGAGGCAAGUGGCCUGCGAUGAGCUUUUCAGAAGCGAGGAGGACGAAUACAAACUCUACGAAGCUGUGAAAUUUCUCAUGCUCAAUACGGCAAUCCAUUUGUACGAAGACAACGAGAAGGGGAAGGAGGUCCCCGUGUUUGCCUGGCUUCUCUUUGCCCGGGAUACGUCCAGCAAUCCUUCGCAGCUGAUGGAAAACCACUUGAAUCAACUCGGUCACACGGGAGGCCUUGAACAAGUGGAGAUGUUUCUCCUGGCUUACGCCCUGCAGCAUACCAUCCAGGUCUAUCGACUCUAUAAGUACAACACAGAUGAAUUCAUCACUCUUUACCCCAACGACCCAGAAGAGGCCUGGCCAAUUGUAACCCUUAUAACUGAAGAUGACAGACAUUAUAAUAUACCUGCUCGAGUGUGCGAAGAGACUAGUUUGUAAAAGAAACGAAAACAAACAAACAGGUGCGUAAAUGGAAUAAACAACUUAAAAGCAAAUCUUCUUAGUUUCCGAUUUGUUUCCCACACACAGCAAAGGCAGUUAAAUUUUCAACAUUUUGGUGCAAACGUCUGAAAUUAAAAGCCUAAUACAAUGUAGUUCCACGUAUUUUUGUUUCACCAAUAGGCAAAAGUAGUUUGUCCUGUCUUUUGGAUAAAUUUCUUUAAAAAGGUUCAUUUUUAAGCUAGAUGCAGCCAUUCUCUUCCACGGUAAGGAAUGGUGCCCACUUCAAAUGCAAGACUUGUCGAUUUCCGAAACAGGAUUUGCCUGAAUGAAUCAAGGCACUGAAAGAAUCGGCUCUGAACUCACUUUUGCCAUAUUUAUUUGUGUUCAAGCCCAGGAGACCCAAGUGCAGAAGCA